GACGUUUUUGAGGCAUCCCCGUCGGGCUGACGAGCAGACUUCAGCACGGAAAGCAGGCGAGGACGAGACGUCUCCCAAACAUGGCUUUGAACCGGAAUCAUUCGCAAAACGGUGGCGUUCUGAUAAACAACGGGGAAAGUGUUUUAAGGGAAUGUAAGAACGUGGAGCUGUCAUUCAGCGAUGUCAGCGGCAAGACAGACCUGCUCAGAGGGACCAAGAAGGGCACCAUUUACCUCACACCAUACAGGUUGAUGUUUGUGUCCAGUAAUACCAAGGAUUGCUUGGGUUCAGCCAUGUUCCCCUACUACCGGAUGAAGGGCUGCAGCAUUGAGCAGCCAGUCUUUGCUGCAAACUACAUUAAAGGGACAGUGUCAGCUGAGCCUGAUGGUGGCUGGGAGGGCCAGGCCCACUUCAAGAUGUCCUUCCCCAGUGGAGGAGCCAUAGAGGUGGGACAGCAUCUCUUCAAACUGGCCACAAAUGCUUCUCGUGCCGCUCCUGCACAAAACGGUGCUGCCUCAUUCGGCUAUCCUUCACCUGGACCGAUGAACGGCUACGGCCCACCUCAGCCACCUCCUGCAUAUCCUUACCCGUCCCCUCCCCAGCAGAAUGGAUUCUACCAGGGCCCUGACCCUGCUGCUGCAAACAUGGGCUACCCCCUUUCUACAGCUGCUGCAGGAAUGUACCCAGCUGGAUUUGACUACAUGGCCCCGCCUCCCCCCUACCCAGGACCACCCCAAAAUUGGGCUGCACCUCCUCAGAACUGGGCAGCAACAGCACCACCACCACCUCCAGGUAACUCCAAGGCGGCGGAAGCAGCUGGCAGUGCGUAUUACAAUCCCAGCAACCCACACAAUGUCUACAUGCCCAUGGAGCGACCUCCACCAUAUGCACCGUAUCCAAACUCUCCCGAGAAGAAAAGCAACUGAAGCUCGGGCACCAUCACUUCAACGACACUCCUCUCUCUCUUCCUCCGUAUCUUCAAUAAAUUCUAAAGCAAGGGGUAACGUCGGAGGAUACAGGACCUACUCCACCGUAGAGUACAGCAAAGGAAAUCCAAGUAAUGGAGGGUUCAAAGAUGUCAGUGAUAAUUCACCAAUGAAUUAAUGAUAUUUUGGAUACGGGAAUAGCAUACAAAGCAACUACAUCUUUUAAAUACCGUUUUCGCUUACACUUAAGUUCAUUUAACAGGAUUGACUUGUAACUCUAGCUAGACUCAUCAUCAUUAACAUUCUCGGUGAUUUAUUUCUGUCUAAUUCUCUAGCACGUAGGUAAGGGCACCUCAACUGUCCUUGUGGAGAGCUGACAGGAGGAGGAGGCAGAAUCAUUUUCAGACCGAUUUUUAUUACCAAAACAUUACCCGGCAAUUUCUUGAUUGUGGUUCCUGUAGUUCUUAACAAUAGCUACUCUUAUUAUAAAAGGUUAAAUAUUUUUGCAGUAUCAUUGAAGGUGCCGUGUGUGUUUCUGAUACAGUUUGGCGUUGAGUAGUUGUCCAUAUAUAAAACCAGACCUGGGUUGAAGUGUGUUUUAGUGAUACAGUAUUCUCAUACAGGUUUCCCUAACAUAAGCCCUGUGUGAUCUUGCACUGCAUCAGUUACAUUACAUACCAAGUGAUUCCAUUCCCUGUCUCCAUCAUAAUAUGAUGUUAUGUAGUCGAGGUUUUUGUUAUGAAAAGGAACAGUGCGUUGUUUUAAAACGGGGGAUUAGAUGGCGUUCUGUCACAACACGUCUGCAGGAUGUCUGUGCAAUAAUUCAACCUCUCAUAAUAAGGUUAAAGGUGACAAGCUGGGGGGGGGUUUACCUGAAUGACCCCGCGCUCUACUGCUACAGUAGCUUCUAUUGUAUUCAUGUAUGCAACGCCGAGCUGAAAGCAGAACUCUGCUCUCUGUUUAAUUACACCAGUGUGGGGUUACAGGGCCACAGCGCUCUACUAAGGGCCCGUCAGUGUUUUGCCUGCUGUUGAAACUUCUGAAUGCAAAACCAUUUAUUCCUGAUUUUAAAGUGGGCUGAAGAGUUAACUGUUUGAAGGACUAUUUGCACACAGUUGAAGUGGAUAGAGAAUCUUUUUUUUGUUUAAGUUUUCUUGAAUUAAUCAAAUGUCUGUAUAUUAAUAUCUUUUUUUUUUUUUGCAGUUCUUAUUCCUUUUGCUGACUUUUGUCUGUCAAUUAAAAUCUAAUAAAUUAGUCAUUUAUUGAA